AUGGUUGGAGGUAAACGUCAUUGGACUGUUUCUCAGAGAAAUUUAGCUGUCGAUCUAGUCAAUCAGGGUAAAAUUUAUCAUCAAGUGCAGCAAGAGACUGGAGUCCCUCAUAAUACAGUAUCCGACAUAAUGAAGAAGUAUAAUUUGAUCGGAACAACGGCCACAAAAGAAGGACAGGGUCGCAAAAGAAAGACUUCUAAAAGUUUUGAUAGAAACUUAAUUAUACAAGUCAAGAAAAAUCGCUUCAUUUCUGCUCAAAAACUGGCUGAGCAAGCUGAAGAGAAUUAUGGAAUCAAACUAUCCCAUCAGACUAUCAGAAAUCGUAUCCAGGGAUUUCAAGGACGAAUUGUGCGUAAUAAACCAUAUUUGAGUAUGAAACACAUGAAAAGAAGAUUGGAGUUUGCUAAGAAGUUCAAAAACAUGCCGUUAAGUUUCUGGAAAAAGAUUCUGUGGAGCGACGAAUCAAAAUUCAACUUAAAGUCAUCUGAUGGAGCCCAAAAUGUUUGA